CAGACGCAGGAAAUAUUACGUCAGUGUCCGAACUUUUUCAGUCAUUCUCAUUCACUUCUGCCCCAUAUAGUGGACUAUUUUACGUCCGCUAUAUAGGGAAUAGUGAGUGACUGAAGAAAGCAAAUUAAGAGGCAGGGCAUGUGCAAUUAAUCGACAAUUAUUCGUAAUCGUCAAUUUUGGACAACAAUUACAAUUACAAAAACAAACGAAUCGAGGAAAACGUUUUUUCUAAGUUGUUUUAAAAGUUAAUGAGUGAUCGUGUUAAAAAAUCGGGAUCGCAAUAUCGGCCAAAACGAUUUUUGCCUAAAUCAAGUAGCCCUACCGCACGUAGACGUUACCAUGGUAACAUUAAUUUGUUGUUUGCCGUAAUUGCCGUAGCCUUUGCUACAAUGUCAAUCAGCAUUACAUUACCGCAGUGUAAAAGUCAGCCCACACUUCACAGUUAAACACCAGUGACAUAUUUCAAAGGGUUGUAAGGGGGAAUUUAACUGGAUAACUGCCAGAACCAAUAAAAGCUAGUGGAGCCCCAGCAUUCGGUGCAAUUAAAUUGGAUUUCACAGAUGCGCCAUUAUUUCCCUAUCAAUGUCACGCACGUGUGUGAAUCGCGCGCAAAGUGUCUGCGAUCUUCCUGCUCCGGCGCUCAGCUGAGCAGAGGCUCACUGGGGUAAAGUUGUUCUUUUGUGUUAGGGAAGUGAGUCAUUCAGUGUACGAGGGCCAAACCUCUUGACACCGUCUAUAAUUAAGGAUGUUUUUCUUUGAGAACAGAUUUACAGACUGUGUUUGGGGGAAGAGGCGUACUGUACAGUGUGUGAUUUUGCGUAAACGUAAAAAUCAAGCGUUUGACAUUGUGUAUUAGGAUGAUUAAUGUCUCAUUGAAGUGGUAAGAGCAAAAUGCACCCAAUAUAAGAAGUCUAACACCUAUAUGCAUUUAUAUAUAUACCCAUACCCAAAGGCUAUAUAUAUAGCCGCUGGGUGUAGUAUGGGUAUGCAAAUGAUUCUUGCGCUUUGCUUACAGUAGAUGUAAUGGAGCUGCUGUCCAUGGUGCUGAAUUCACUGCUUUGUGAGUUAACAUUUAAGUAUCAAGUUUUUGUUUAUUUGAUCAAGUUUGGUUAAAUUAUAGAUAAAUACACAUUCACUUAAAAAGGUGGUUCGUUUUGUUUAAGAUAUGAUGUAACACAUUUGCUUUUGGUGUCUUAUUUAAACAAGUGCCCAGAAAGUAAAUACAAUAUAAGGUGUCGUUUCAUGUUUUUUGAACGGGAUAAAGGUCAGUUGAUGCGAGUUGUACCAGAUUUAUUUUAAUUUAAUUUGUUUCUGUCAUGUUGGCUAUGUUACCUUACAGAACCCUGUACAGUAUAUUCAAUAAUACAUCCGAGUUCAAUCCUACAGGAAUGUGUACUGGAUUCUUAGUGAGUCAUUAAAACAAAUCAAAUGGUUAUGAUGGGAGUAUUCGCAUGGGAUUUCAACCAAAUAGAAAAACUAUUUUAGAAUGGUUUCCAACAGAGCAAAUGUAAUUGAACCAUGUUAAAUUGUACCUGUAAAACGUGAAUUCUGCCUAAUGAAGAAAAACAUUCAUUCUGUUCACUCGGUUUAUUCUGUAUGUGAGAAACAAAGAUGAUUUGGACAUGAUCUCAUUGGGACCCGUAGCAUUGCCUCUGUAAUAUGAAGAGGAAUUUUAACUGUGUUAGUGGUACACAUACAUUUUUCUCGAGUAUGUAUGACUGAUGUAUCAAGAGCGCACCUUGCAUAUGCGCAAAUGUUUCUUUGUCGUGUAAACAUAAAGCAAGGAAUGUAUUUGCAAAUAAGCCAAAAGGUUUGAAUCACGUGCAAAGCACAGCAUGUGUUGCCAUGUCAAGUAUAUCCCUGUGAAAAACGAGAUUUCAGGUUCACGCAUGGGUGAACCAAAAUCGAAGACGCAUGUCGCUGUGGAUAUCAUGCGUAAAUCAAAUAUUCACAAAGAAAAGCGCGCAUGCAAUACCUCGCAUCUGAUUUCUCGGAGGACGCACAGAAGCUGGGCGCGCAACAGUUGGCGUGCGCGCCCGACGGGGACGCGCUUCGGAAUUGAAAAGUCAGAGAAGAGAAACUCUGCCUUUAGUCGCGGCGCAUGGACUUCACUCACCAUCUCAUGGAGUUCCCCUCAGGAAUCAGGCGUUUAAUGUCAGUACGCUUUGAAGCUUUCAGAGAUGGACGCGCUCUCCGGGCAUUUGGAGACUCCAAUAGGAACAUUAUUGUGGAUGCGCACUGAAGUUAACGCAAACCUGGGGCGACGAAAACUUACCUGUCAAUGUUGUCACGAGGAGAAGAGCCCACGAUGAGCUCAAACCUGUUGCUGGUUUCCCAAAUGCGUUUGCUUUGACAAUGGUCACCUGCUUUUCAGGAUUCAAUUCUUCCAGCGCCAACAUCACGACCGUCACCUCGGAUGUGGCCCCGUUCCCCGGGUACACGAUGGUCAUCCUUGCCAUCCUUAUGAUAACCCUGGUGGUCGUGGUGGUGGUCGGAAACGCGCUGGUUAUCCUCGCCUUCGUCGUGGACAAGAGCCUCAGAAACCAGUGCAAUUACUUCUUCCUCAAUUUGGCUAUAUCAGACUUCCUCGUUGGGGCCUUUUGCAUUCCGGUCUAUAUCCCCUACGUCUUGACGGGAAGAUGGAUGUUGGGUCGUGGAUUGUGCAAGCUGUGGUUGCUGAUGGACUACUUGCUGUGCACGGCUUCCGUCUUCAAUAUCGUCUUAAUCAGCUACGAUCGCUUCCUAUCUGUCACGCGAGCAGUGAGAUAUAGAGCCCAGCAGGGUGUCACGCGUCUGGCAGUGCUCAAGAUGUUGGCAGUCUGGGUCUUGGCGUUCCUCCUCUACGGUCCCGCUAUCAUCUUUUGGGAGCUGCUGGUCGGCAAGAGCAUUGUUCCAGAGGACGAGUGUUUCGCCGAGUUCUACUGCACAUGGUACUUCCUGCUGUCGGCUUCCACCUUCGAGUUCUUCUCCCCCUUCAUCUCAGUGAGCUUCUUUAACUUCAGCAUCUAUCUCAACAUCCAGCGGAGGAACCGCAACAGGAUGGCGCACGUGGAGGCCGAAAGAGAGGACGGAUGGCGGGUCGUGGACGGCCAGAAUUCGUCGGUUUUCUUCGUCAAAACGCGCAAGGUGUCCUCCAGCGGGCCGGCGGGCGUUUCGGCCGUCAUCCAAGACGACGAGGAAAUGUCGCCUUCGUCCAGCGGAGACCCAAGCAGCUCUCACUCCGUGUCCCUGACGAUGAAGGUGACCAAUAAGAAGCGAGGACUAUUUAGAGGUUGGGUGAGGACGAGGAUUAUACGAGCGCAGGAUACUUCUAACGCUUGCGGCCCCUGCAGGAGCGGAGGCCACGCACGACUCUCCCGUGACAAGAAGAUCGCCAAGUCUCUGGCAAUCAUAGUGUGUGUUUUUGGGGUUUGCUGGGCACCGUAUACUCUCUUGGUGAUCAUACGGGCUGCUUGUAAAGGUACUUGCGUGGAACAUCACUGGUACGAAGUCACUUUCUGGCUGCUUUGGCUUAAUUCAGCCAUAAACCCUUUUCUCUAUCCCCUUUGCCACAGCAGUUUUCGCCGGGCAUUUGCCAAGAUUUUGUGCCCCAAGCGGCAGUCUGUUCGACCGCAUGAAGAAAGCCCUUCCUGCCAAUGAUAAUCUGAAAGCAACAACACAUUUUCACAGCAAAGACUGAAUUAUAAAGCACAACAGCAAGAUUUCGAAACAUUUACGCCCAAGGGACUGAAAGCCAACGUCUAAAUGAAGUAGCGUGUUUUUUUAUGUUCAACAGAACGAGAAACAAAAAAAUUUGACGUUGACCUUUAUUGAUGAUUUUGCAACCAAGCUGUUACGAUUAUCACCGGUCUUGAAGUAACAUACAAAUGGAGUUGUUUUCACAAGUUGCAGCAUGAGUACAGAACUUAUACACUUGACAGUUCUGCCCACAUUUAUCGACUAUUGUAUAUUCCACCCCAUUGACUCACACGGUUCAACGGAGUCUAUCUGAGACAUCAUUACGACUCAAAAGAGAAAAGGUCACAAUUGUUCUUUCAUUGCAGCUUCACAAACAGACACUGAGGAGAAAUCAUUUACCGCUGCGGACAGACACAAACCAAAUCAUUUCUGAAUGUACGUUUUGUGGAAUGUGAAUGAUGUUCUUGAUAUAUUAUUUGACAAUAAUCCAAGGAAUUUGUUAGUUCACCCAAAAAUGUAAAUUGUCGCUAAAUACUCUGUAUGGUUGAAUUUCCAAAGUACUUUUACAUUGUGUCUGCAGCUGCAGCUCUUAUAUUUAUAUUUACUAUGGAUUUCUUUUCAGUUUUAUUGUUGUUUCAUUCAUAUUUUGAAUUAAUGUAGCUGUUGUGAAGUGCUUUUGUCAUUUUAAUAUGAAUUUUUUCAUGUUGCUAUUUAAGAUGAAUUAUUUUUAUUUUCGGGCCUCAAACUUAUUUCGGCACAUUUCUCAUUUUCGUUUAGUUUAUCGAAACGUUUAGGGCAACAUUUUACUAUAUUUCAACAAACAGAAAUGUUGUUACAGCUAUAAUUGGAGUAAACUAUAAUAACCUUGUUUUACAUUCAAUGUAAAUGUGGUGCCUCACAGGUUAGCACAAUGAAUUGUGAUGUAAGUGACGGAUGCGACACAACUUUUCAUGAACUGAAAGAAAGUGCAAAGGAGCGUUGCAGAAGCAUUUUGAGCACAGAAAGACUCCAGAAGACUUGAAAUAUAAAGCACACAAGUUUGUAAUGGUGCUUUCUGUACCUAUUGGAGCUCCAUUAUGUAAAGAACACUCAGAACCUUCUGCAAUACAUGUGCUUCUGUGUGAUACUUGGGAAAGCAAGUCAUACGGGUUUGGAAAGACAUUGAGAGUGAAUGAUGACGAAACCUUUCAUUUUGAGUGAACUGUUUCUUGUUUACGUUAUUAUAGACGUGGAUACACAGUUGUAGCAGCCAAAAAGGAUAGAACCAAUGCCAGACAUGUAUUUACAUGUAUUGUUAAGAAAAAUUGUUUACAAUAAUUCCCGGUGUUGUUUUUAAGGUUUGAAUCCAUGUAAAGGAGAAUCGACUCAUGCACAGACUGGUAUGUUUUGGCCUGUGUGAAAUGUGUAUCUUGAUCAUCCUGUGUGUGUUCAUAAUUCAAGUGGUUAAUGGAUUUAAAAAGUUAAGCCAACUGAGACCAAUUUCAUAAUAAGAGCUACGAUUCAGUACCUCCCAAGUUCUUAAAAUGAACUACAUUGACUUUAUAUUUCAGGAAAAAAUCCUUACCAAGCGUUUGACAAGGUCCAAAGGUGAAACCACACAGUUUUGUUAUCCCAGGAGAAGAGCUGGAAACACCAUGUUCUUUCAUUUGAUAUUCAGAAUAUAUGGCCGCAUAAUGAUACCCUAAAAUGCCCGAGAACACCCAGCAAUCAGAGUAAUAUUUUGCAUUUCACUCUGACAAUCAGGUCUUAUCCCUGGAGCGGUCGUUACGGCUCUGCAGCUCCAGUCGUCUCUUUGCUUCGGUGAAUUAGUAAAUGGCUUUUUUUCCAGCUGGCUUUGAGAGCUCUCGAUUUAUUGGUGCUGUUUGGAGCUCAAGUUAAUUAAGCCACAAUGACAAGCAUCCUCAUCGGAUCCUUGAAUUUGAAAAUCUACAAUCUCUCGACCAGGUGAUGCCGUGGCUAUACGUGGUGUCUAUGGAAAGCCAACGAGCGGAUGGGAUAUGUUGAUUUGCAUGAUCAAUGACUUCUGCAUUUAGAGAGCGGCGUUUGAAGUCACUUCUUGAUAUCUGCUACUAGGCACUUCUGGAAAAGACGCGCUUUAAUGUCUCCCGUGUUUCCCGAUAAUGAGAUUCCAACUUAAUAGCAAAAAUAUCCGCGUGACGGUUGGAGGGGGGUUGUUGGUUUAAGGAUACAAGCAUUUCGUAGGUACACUUACAAAAACUGCUGAGAGGUCGUACUACCUCCGAAUCAAAUCAAUGGGAACAUUUCCUCUGAGCUUCCCAGCUGCCUGCGGAUUAAGUCCCGCUACACGGAUGUGUAGAUUUCAGGCUGACAGAACAUGACGAGUGGAAAUGAAUCUGGGGUUUAAAGUCCUUUGAAGAGACUGGCUGAUUCAGGCUGCAAGCGAAAACCAAGCUUAACGUUUGUGACAGUUUUACGUUUUAAUUUUAAUACGUUUUUAUAUCCUCUAAAUGUUUUGAAGCUCUUGUAAGGUUGCAAGAAUCUUUUACAACUACUCAAUGAAGAAUACUUGUUUCUAGUUUUUAGGAAUUUAACCACACUGAUGGGGAUGUGGGGGUCAAUAUGACAAUAAAAGGUUGAAAAAACACUUUAUAGCCAAACAGGAAUCUGAAACAAAAGGUAUGUGUCGUAAAAAGCCAACGUAUGAUCUGUUAGAACUUGAAUUCACAUCCUGAGAUUGAGCCUCCUACUGCCCAAGGAUGUCCCCGGCCUUACCCAAUCCCAAAGAUUCUAGAACCUAAUUACCGGCCGCACCUGCACCUCCGGAAUUAUGACCCAGAUUUGGCAAGACCUUUGCUGUAAAUGUCACAGACGUUGGCCCCAUUGUUCGCUUUCCUGCACAGCGGGCGUCACGACAGUCAUUAAGAGUAACAGACAGAGGCAGAAAGUCGGAGGCAUGAUAGGGCAGUAAAGGACACAGUUUGUGCCAAUUUAAAAUUCCACCGAGCGCUACGAACCCCUCGGGAGGGAAGAUGCCCACCAUGGCAACAUGCUGCGUUUAAUACCACCAUGUCAUAUUAAUGCCUAUACAUAAAUACAUCGUAUUUCCAUGCUGCAUUUGAUAUCUUUGGAGGGUUUGAGUAUUGACAUUAGCAGACACCCGUGCAUUCGUUUGACGCCGCCUCGAUUGGGCCGUUUCGCGCCGCGUUUGCUAUCUUUCCUCGCUAAAUUUAAACUUGAUUAGAUUCAGGGUGGGCUAUUGAUUUUUGCAAGUCCACAUUUUUUCAAUUUUGUCCCCCGUCAAACUCAUCGCAGCGGGGUGGUUUGCGUCAAUACGUGGUGAUGUUGUCUUUAGAGAUGGUUGUACGCUACAUAAUUAUUCCCGCUACAACACAGUGUUUUUUUUAAUAACCGAUGCCAGAAAGCUGGAGGUUUAAGCCUUGCAUGAAAUGAACUGUCACUGUGUGAGAGGGUUAGUUUGUACAAUACCGUUGACAAAUUUAUUCUAGCUCAUGGUGUUCGAAUAUAUGUGAACGGGCUCGUUGUACAAGAUGGCGCCGGCUUUUGCGACGCCAGAGUCUGAAAACUAAUAUCCGGUAGUAUCGAGUUGUUUUGGCUUAUGAAGUGCUCGGCAAUGUAAAGAGGAUCUGUCAUAUCGCUUUUACAUGUUAAGUUAUUCAUUUUAUACAAAGAACCACCAAUAUUUGCUGGCAAAAAAUCCUCCUUUUCCCACACAGUGUUUCCACGACCAGGAAUUAUUCAGCCGACUCCGGCCGCGACCCAAAAGCUCAUCGUGACCAUCUUAAGCAACUUGCGAAUUCAAAGAACUUAUAAGUGUAAAGAUCAUUAUGUAAUGCAAUUUGUGAAUUGUCCCUUUAACUUUAAGAGAUUCUUAUAUAAAUAUUUACAUACAGCA